AAUGAAAAUUGCGUUAGUAUUCGAUGCAAGUAUGGCCGCCUUGCCGUCACCUACGCAGGUGGCUGGAAGCCACAGCGCCAUAUAUGAGGCCUAUUAUCAUCAGGUGGACCCUAACGGGUAUGGCCGUAUCGGAGCGAUGGAAGCUGCACGAUUUUUGAAAAAAUCACAGCUGAGCGAUAUUGUGCUUAGUAAAAUUUGGGAUAUGGCGGAUCCACAGUCGCGCGGAUCAUUGGAUAAAUCCGGACUUUUCGUCGCGCUAAAACUUUGCGCCCUCGCUCAGGCAGGAAGUGACUUGAGUAUGGCAAACCUCAAUAUUGAAACACCUCCACCCAAAAUGGGUGAAAUUCCAGUGAUACCCCAAAAACCAAAGCCUAUAUCUCCAGGGAUAAUAACAUCGAUGAAUAACGGGGACUGGUCGAUAAAACCAAGUGAACGAACAAAAUAUGAUCAGUUAUUUGACAGCUUACAACCAGCUAAUGGAUACAUUCCAGGAAAUAAAGUGAAAGGUGUUCUUAUGGAUAGCAAACUGCCUCUUGAUACUCUAGGACAAAUAUGGGAUCUUGCCGACAUGGACAAAGAUGGAAUGCUCGACAGGCAUGAAUUUGUCAUUGCUAUGCAUUUGGUCUACAAGGCACUUGAGAAAUAUGCUAUUCCCAAUGUGCUACCUCCAGAAUUAAUGCCACCAGGCAAAAGAAAAGAAGUCAUCAUGUCAGUUGCUAAAUCCCCAGUACCCCCAAUGGUUAGCGGACCACCGCCUAUUCCUCCUUUACCUACUGCACCUGCUCCCAGCAGUCUUGUCGGUUUAGAAUCUACAAAGCCACCAGCUGUUCAACACUGGGUCAUCUCAGCCGAAGAUCAGGCAGCUGCGGACAAGCUCUUUGCGCAAGCAGACAUGGAUAUGGAUGGAUACGUAUCUGGGUCUGAGAUCAAAGAUGUAUUUCUACAGAGCGGCUUACGACAGACUGUUUUAGCUCAAAUUUGGGGUUUGUGCGAUAUUUGUCAAAGUGGUAAACUGAAUAAGGAACAAUUCGCUCUGUCGAUGUGGCUUAUUAAGCAGCAACUAAGAGGCAAAGAGCCUCCCGCUACUCUAACACCUGAAAUGAUACCACCGUCUUUAAGAAAACUCACAGAAAACGUUGUGGAAAACAAUAAUGUUUCCGGUUAUUCUAACCCAGAGUUAGAUAUGAUAAGCAAAGAUAUAGUGGAGUUGGUACGAGAAAGGCACACAAUGGAGCAAGAUAUUGCACAAAAGGAAGCUGAUAUCAAGAUAAAAAAUGGAGAGAUUAAGAGCCUUCAAAGUGAGCUGGACACUUUGGCGGCAACUUUGAAACAGUUGGAAAACCAAAAAGGAGAGGCUCAAAAAAGGCUCAAUGAUUUAAAAGCACAGAGAGCUGAUGUAGAUAAAGAAUUGAGUGAGAUCGAGCACGAGAUUCGUGAGGAGCAAGACAAGGUAGAUAAACUUCGUCAGCAAGCGGAAGAACAAGAAUCCGUUUUACGCACCCAAGAAGAAGAGCUCAGUUCCAAAAGGCAGGAAUUAGAGGGUCUUAGAUUGGAAGAACAACAGCUUGAACAGCAACAAGUAAAGAGUAAAGAUCAGCUUAACGAAUUGACCAAAAACCUUCAGGAUACUCAGCUUCAAAUAAGUCAGGCAAAAGUAAAAAUUACUCAUCUGGAAGAACAGCAAAGGCAAAUGAGCGACGCUAUUGCGUUGUACGAUUCAGCUCUUGCAGCUGGUGAUCCUAGUCUUGUCCCUGACACCACUCUGCGAUUUGAACCAGAAAUCCAAGAUCCUCAAUUCAAACUUGAUGAUCAAAGUCCUAUAAAAGUGAACGGAUUUGACGAUAAACGCGACGAUCCUUUCUCGAAUGCAAACGGACCAACCCAAUCAAGUGGCUUCAAUGGUCAAGAUCCAUUCGCCUCGAAUAAAGCGAAGGAAGCUUUUGUUGCCGAAGGUGCCGAUCCGUUCGGAAAUUCAUUCAAUUCACAACCGGCGGCUGAACGAUUCCCGAGCGAUUUGUUCACCGCGUUUAAUAAUUCUAGUAACGAGAAACAGGAUCCGUUCGAUCCCUUUGGUGACGAAAAAAGAAAUAAUUCCAAUGCACCGGCGACAGGAGGAGCGCAGGCCGUCAAAGAUCCGUUUGGUGACGAUCCGUUUGCGAAUCUGCAUGCGCCAGCACGCCCGGAGAGUCCUAGUCCAGCUUUACCUCCCAAAAAGGCGAAACAACCUCCACCAAGGCCGGCACCGCCUAGACCUUCGCAGGGUCCUACAGCAGGACUUGGCGCAGGUCCGACGCGCGCAGCGCCUGCACCGCCUACACCUUCGCCGACUCCAGACCCCUUUGUUAACGCAAACUCUGACCCUUUUGCCGCACCAGCGGAAAAUAAUAACAACGAAGCUGCUUUUACUACUUCAACUUCUUCCAACGCAGGCUUUGCUGAUUUUGCUAAUUUCGAUGCAAAGCCAGAACCAGUUCCUAGUCGACUGGCACCGCCGAGACCAGUGAGCAGACCGCUGACAACAACAACAUCAGCGUCGGCACCUAAACUUCCAGACUUUACCGAAGAUCCAUUCCGAGACUACAGAUACGAGGAUCCGUUCAAUAUCACAGAUCCGUUUGAAGACGAAAUUGAAGAUUCAAAUGCAAAUAAAAAGUCUGUCAGUACCGGUAAGCUCGAUCCUUUUGGCUUUGAAACUGAUACAAGGUUUUCCGGUAAGGAUUCAUUUCCAAAAGGAUUUGAUUCCGAUUUUUCAAACACAUUUCCAUUAAAGAAAAAUAAACCCGAUAGCAAAAUAGUCAACAAAUUUGAUACAGAUUUUGGCAGCGCAUUUUCAGAUACUAAUAAAAAUACCAAAGCUUUCGAGGCUGAUUUUGCAAACAAUUUUGUUGAUCCAAAAUCAAAGACGAACGACAUCAAUGAUGCUUUUACAAGUAAAUUGUCUGGUGCUGAGAAGGCGAGUAAAAAGUCUGGCUUAGAGUUCGCACACACUUUGAAAGAUAAGCUAUCAUUUGGGGAUAAAAAAAAUCGUAAUAACAAAACGUGGAACGGUAACAGUGGAUCUGUUAUGUUAACCGAAGAACAACAAUUGGCAUUAGCUGCUCAGCAGAGCUUGCGAGCCGAAGAGGAAAGGCGCAGACGUAGAGAACAAGAAGAUGCAGAUUUAGCUCUUGCCUUAGAACUUUCUAAACAAGAAAAAUCUGGUAAAUUUUAACUCGUCAUAACCUAUUAAAUCACUGUUUUGUUAUUUAUCAAAUUUAAGUACUGCAUUGCCGAAUAUUCUUUAGUUUUUCAAAACACAAAUGGAAGGGACAAAUGAAUACCGAAUAGAACUUGUGCCGCUUUGUGUUCAUCGACAA